UGAUUUAUUCAGAAGCAGCUUAUCGGUCGAUAAAAAACGAAGUAAAUUUUAUUCUGUUUGAAAAGAAAAAAAUUCUAUUACCAAAAAAUGGCUUUAAAGUGGGGUUUUGCAGCUGCUGGAAAAAUAUCGCAUGAUUUUGUGACGGCCUUAGGAACAUUGAAUGAGACUGAUCAUCAAGUGGUUGCUGUAACCGAUCCAUUUUGUUCAUCGCAAGAGUUUGCCGAUCGUUUUGGCAUUCCUAAAGCAUACAGCACUUAUUUGGAGUUAGCUCAAGAUGCAAAUGUUGAAGUGGUGCAUAUCGGUGUAUUAAAUCCAAAACAUUUGGAAGUUGCUCUGUUGAUGCUCGAGCAUGGAAAGCACGUUUUGCUCGAAAAACCAUUAUGCAUGAACGAGAAACAAGCGCGUCAAUUAAUUGCAUUCGCCGAACAAAAGAAACUCUUUUUGAUGGAAGCGAUUUGGUCGCGAUUUCUUCCAAGCAAUCUGUAUGUUCGCCAACAGAUUGAGAGUGGUGUACUUGGUGAAAUUACCUCGGUCGAAGUUGAAUUUGGUUUCGAAGGAUUGGAUAAGCUUGAACGAAUUUCGAGGAAAGAUUUGGGAGGCGGAUCACUUUUGGAUUUGGGAGUAUACACGAUUAUUUAUUGUCAAUUCGUAUUCCAAAAACAACCAUUAUCGGUUGUUGCAACGGGAACAUUAAACAAAGAUGGAGUUGACCUUGAAAUGUGCGGUGAAAUUCGGUACGGCGACAAUAAAGUGGGCAAAAUCAAAUCAAGUGUUGUGAAAUCUUUGAGCAAUACGGCAAAAAUUAUUGGAACUAAAGGCCAAAUAACGAUUCCCAACUUUUGGUCGUCUUUUUCACUCAUCGAUGUGGAUGGAAGUGAGAAAAAUUGGCCGUUGCCAGAAGCAAAGCACGCUUUCAAUUAUACCAAUAGCUGUGGUUUAAGAUACGAAGCUGAAGAAGUUCGUCGAUGCAUUCGUGCAGGCAAAAUGGAAAGCGAGUCUGUCACCCAUAAAGAAAGUCUAUUGUUCCUUCGCAUCGCCGAUGAAGUCCGAAAACAAAUCGGUGUCAAAUUUCCGCAGGACGAUUAAGAUGUCCAUAUAUACUCACUGUCAUUACUUUAAAACACCGAAGUAAAACAAUCAGAAAACGCAAUGAAAUAUCUAAAUAUCGCCUACAGAAGUAGUUUUUAUUAAUGAAUGUUGGGAUUCGUUUCAACAUUUCUACUCUUUAUUCGAUUUAUAUUACAACCUUCCUAACAAUCACUCAGAGAUGCAGAAAAUAUGCGUUAAGGCGAUGUUGAUUGGCAUCGAUUCGGGGAAAUGCAUUGGCCAUUAAUGCGAUCCGGUUUGCAUUCUGGCAUGCACGAAUUCAACGUUUCAUCCAAAUGGUAAUUUUCAUUACAGGCGCAUUUAUUUGGGGCAAUACAUUUUCCAUUCGGGCAAUUUGAUUCACAAAUUGGAUCGCAUUUAUUUUGAUCGGCAUCCCACUGAUAAUC